UCAAUUCAGUUCAUUUUGGAUAUUCUCUAGUUUGGUUGUUGUACCUUAACCUUUUCCUGUUAGAAACUGGAUGAAUCUUCGAGAUGCAGAGACGGGCAAGGUGCUGUGGCAAGGAACUGAGGACCUCUCUGUACCGGGAGUAGAACAUGAAGCUCGUGUCCCAAAGAAGAUCCUGAAGUGUAAGGCAGUGUCCAGAGAACUGAACUUUUCCUCCUCAGAGAAACUGGAGAAGUUCAGACUGGAGCAGAAAGUUUUCUUCAAAGGGCAGUGUCUAGAAGAAUGGUUCUUUGAGUUUGGUUUUGUUAUCCCCAACUCCACCAACACAUGGCAGUCUCUAAUAGAAGCAGCUCCAGAAUCCCAGAUGAUGCCAGCCAAUGUUUUAACUGGUAAUGUGAUCAUAGAGACCAAGUUCUACGAUGAUGACCUCCAUGUCAGUACCUCCAGGGUACGACUUUUCUACGUCUGACCUUUGACCCCUUACACCUGACUCUACCUUCCAAAAUGCUGAUGUCCUGCCAAGGUCUAUAAAUUACCAAGGUUAGCUACAAUUUGCAGCAGUAAACAGCUCAUUGCCGACUUGGGAUCAGCACAUUUGGGUGAAACACAGCUGUGGUCCCACAGUGAAAGAAGUGAGCUUUGUGUAUGGUUGUUCUCUUGUUUUGUGUUGACCUGAAAACGUCUUCUAGACCUUGAGAGGAGAGGAAAGAGGAGGAGAAAGCUCUAUGUUGCAUCCUCAAAUUCAAUUCAAAUGACACGAAUUAUGUUUUUUUUAAAUUCUGCCCUCUCUCACUCCAAGGUUGCAUUUACUCAGGAACAUACAGAAACCGUACAAGCAUACCAGACCUGUAACCUGUCUGAUCUUCUCCUUUCUGUCUGAACAUGGAAACACUGCUCUCUGUGUGUCAGCCGUUUAAACACAAGCAACAUGUCAGUGUCAUGGGAAGAUGUAGCUAAGUGUCUCUUUUUAGCUACGUUCAAAAGUUCUUCAUCAUAAAACAUUUCCUUUAGCUGUGUCCCAUUCCAGAGGCUACCUCCUGUCAGUUUAUCAUCAUAGGUAAAUAAGGCUGUCCCCUGUUUACAUUUGUAGAACCUCAAGAUCCACGGUUCAGUUUUGUGUUUCUAUUUAUUAUCAGAGAAAUGGAAAUUAUACAGAUUUAUUUGAACACAUUUACUUUGUCUGCCAACAACUCAACACUGAAAGGUGGUCUCUGUGAGGCCAAGUACUGCUCAUGUAGUUUUAGUCCUCUGAAGGAAACACCUUUGCAGGCAGCCUCUGCAGCGGGGCACAGCUUCUAACCCUUUCCUGUAUUCUGACUCUGAACUAGUUUAGAACAGUAGUUUUUAGUGUAGUGUGAGGGACGACUAAGCGCCUGUUUUUAUUCUAGUCCACCACAAGAGCAGCUGGUUUAACAGGAUUGCUUCUUGUCUGUUGUUUGGAAUGAAAACCUGCACACUGUUGUCAUGAUGACAUAUUUGAAAAGCGCUGUGUCUGAGGAACAUUCAUCGGCAAAGGUGGUGGUAGUGGGGGGGUUUGUUACAUUCAUUUAUGUGCUAGUACUUGACUUUCAGAGGUAUACUUUAUUUAAAAUAUUCAACUAAAUCAUCAUUAGGUGUAGACCGAGACAUGCAUAAAUGAUUAUUUCUUUUUUACAAAUUUAUCCCAACUAGACCCAGAUGUUAAACAGCCGCUUAAAGUUUUUAACGCAGCUCUGCUCUGUACGUCCUGACUAGAUUUUUAACUUUGAAUUUCCCUCCACUACACUACAUUCAUGUCAUGUUUAUUUUUUCUUAGCUGCUAACUGAGCUGUGUAAAAUAGAUUUGUGUUUUAAUAUGACAGGAUCUGUGAAUUAAAGUCAUCCAAUGUUACAUGCACGUGUGUGAGCUGAUCAUGUUUGACCCCUCAAAACCCUUUAACAUAGUGACAAAAAUGCAUUGUCAUCUUGCAAAAACAGCUAUAUUCUGAAAACCUGAGAUUUUGGAAACACAAGGGGACUGUUCGGUCAAAUCAUAUUUGGUUAUUUUUGAAUUAUAAACACAGUGUGACUACAUCUAUUUAGGUUCAGCUAAUUCUUGAAGGCUUACUUGUACUGAUGUUAAUUGAUACAAGGAACCACCCCUGUGGUUUAGUUGAGACAGGUUAUUUUGUAGAUAGUAGAACAUAUUUAAGGGAGUUUUUGUUUGUCAGUAAAGAGGGAAGAUGUGUGCAUAUGAUGUUGUAUUAAGUUUGAUUUGUGUUCCAUAUUCCUCACUUCAGCCAAGUUAACUAUUAAGGUGGUUGUUGUUUUCUUUGCAACUUGUGGAGUUACAUGUGUCUCAUGGUUGCAUGGUGUAAAUAAAUCACUUUUUUAGUCUUUGA